AUGAAGGCGGCCAAUUGUAAUGGAAAAGAUGAAGAAUUAACUCCACAAAAUAUUCUUAAUGAACUAUCGGAAAAAUGGAAAAUACCUUUAGUGAGCGAGGCAUUUGCUCGUAAACUCGAUGAAAAUGAUACAUUAAGUUAUAUACGAGAUGAAUUUCACUUUCCAAAACUUACCAGUCUACCUAAAGUCGAUAAAUCAUGUAUAAAUUCUGAUAGUAGUUGCAUCUAUUUAUGUGGGCAUUCAUUAGGUUUACAAUCAACCCGAGUACGGCAAGCAAUUGAUGUUUGGUUAAACGAUUGGGCUGAUCUAGGAGUACAUGGUCAUAUUCAUGGUAGAAAUCCAUUUGCAGCAUGUGAUUAUCCAUGUAUACCAACAUUACAGAAACUUCUGGGCGCUGAAGACAAAGAAGUAGGCGUGAUGAAUCAAUUGACAAGUAAUCUUCAUUUUAUGAUGAUUUCAUUUUAUCGACCAACAGCUGAACGUUUUAAAAUUCUUUAUGAAGAACGAUCAUUUCCUAGUGAUGAAUAUGCAUUUCAAUCACAAAUACGAUUUCAUGGAUAUACACCAGAAGAAGCAGCAAUCAUAGUGAAACCGCGAGAAAAUGAAGAUUGUAUUAGAACAGAAGAUAUUCUUGAAUUACUUAAACAGCAUGGCCAAUCUAUUGCUCUUAUUCUUCUUAGUGGUAUACAAUACUAUACGGGGCAAUUAUUUGAUAUAGAAACAAUAACUGAGGCUGCUCAACAACAAGGUUGUACUGUUGGUUGGGAUCUAGCACAUGCUAUUGGAAAUGUUCCAUUAAAAUUGCAUGAUUGGAAAGUUGAUUUUGCUGCUUUUUGUUCAUAUAAGUAUUUAAAUUCAGGCGCUGGUUGUAUUGGUGGUAUCUUUGUUCAUUCUAAUCAUUUUGACAAAGACUAUCCCCGUUUCGAUGGCUGGUGGGGUAAUCGAGAUGCAACACGAUUUCAAAUGACCAAAGAAAUCGACCGAGGCGUGGGAGCAGAUGGGUUUCGUAUUAGUAAUCCGUCUAUUCAUCAAUGUGCAACGCUAGCGGCGAGUCUUCAAAUUUUUGGCGAAGUUGGUAUUGAACAAUUGAGAAAAAAAUCUAAAAUACUGACUCAAUACUUACAAUGUUUGAUUGAAAAGGAAAUAAACCAAGCAACAAGUAAAUUUCAAAUAAAUAUUUUAACACCAAAAGAUCCUAAACAACGAGGUGCACAACUUUCAUUGCGUAUCGUAGGGGCUGAUGCUCGACAAAUAUUUGAUGAACUUGAACGACUCGGUGUUUGCCUAGACAGCCGAGGCGAUAUCAUUCGUGUUGCACCAGUUCCUCUCUACAAUUCAUUCAUAGAUGUCUAUCGAUUUAUAUCAGUUUUGAAAUCAGUCAAGCUUUGA